AUGGGCGCCGGCGCGAGUACUCCUUCUGCUUCCGCAGAGCUCCCUGCGGCGACAUGCCCAGUCGACCACAAGACCCGUGAAGUCUGGUUGCAACAAAAUGGCGGCAAAGCACCACAUCCCCCGUCCUCCGCGCCGGCGCAAGAACAAGAACAAACCUCUACAAAACUACAACGACCAUUAUCCACAGAUCGAGAAGUCAGCAGCAUACCCCGGGCAGGCAGCCCAGCUGCAGCAGCUACUUGUCCAGAAGGAAACAAGGGUGCUCCAACACCUUACGAAUCCUCCCCAUAUGCCGCAUCGCAUGGUUGUCCGUCCAAUGCCGAAGCCGAGACUGGCCAUGACGAGGCCUCCGGCAACUGGAUCUAUCCCUCCGAGAAGCAAUUCUUCGAAGCUCUGAUGCGCAAGGGCAAUACCCCAGAGUCAACGUCUUCCGCUUCUGAACUCGCAACGUCUGUCGCUUCCAUUAUUCCCAUUCACAACGCGGUCAACGAGCGCGCAUGGCAACAGAUUCUCGAUUGGGAGAAGAAGGCUCCUUCCACAGACCCGGGCAGCAAGAAGUGCGGAGGACCCAAGCUAUAUUCAUUCCGUGGACUUGGAGUUGAUCCCCAAUUCCUGAGCCCACGUGCCCGAAUCAACGGUUGGCUCGGCUACCAGCGUCCAUUCGAUCGCCAUGAUUGGGUUGUCGAGCGCUGUGGCGGUGAACGUGUCGAAUAUGUGAUCGACUUCUACCAAGGGAAGACAAAUGUCGGCAAUGGAAAUCCGUCUGGUUUGACGGGGAAUGCUGCCCCUGGCAAACUCAGCUUUUAUCUGGAUGUGCGACCUAAGUUGAAUACCUACGAGGGCUGGAAGAUGAGAUUCAACAGCUUCGUUGGCCUCUGA